AUGAACCUGUUCAAUCCGGCAGAGGACGAGAACGUGUCCAUGGUGCACCCCGAGUACUUCAUCAUCAGCGGCCUGUCCGGGGUCCCUCACAUCAAGCUUUACUACGUCUUCCUGUUCCUGGUCUACACGGUGUCCGUGCUGGCCAACGGCACCGUGAUGACCGUCAUCUGCCUGGACCGGCGGCUGCAGACCCCCAAGUAUGUGGCGGUCUUCAACCUGGCCUUCGCGGACCUGUUCGGGAGCUCGGCCCUGGUUCCCAAGCUCCUGGACGUGUUCCUGUUCGGCCACCGCCGCGUCCCCUUCCGCAGCUGCCUCACUUUCCUGUUCUUCUGCUACACCUGCUUGUCGAUGCAGUCCUUCAACUUGGUCGCGCUGGCCUACGACCGGCUCCUGGCCAUCAUCUUCCCGCUGCACUACCAGGUGAGGAUGACGCACCGCUUCAUGUUGUCGCUGAUCCUGAGCUUCUGGCUGCUGGUGGCGGUCCUGGUGGCGGUGGCCACGGGCCUGCUGACCCGACUGUCCUUCUGCAAGUCGGUGGUGAUCAACAGCUACUUCUGCGACCACGGCCAGAUCUACCGGCUGGCCUGCAACAGCCACUACCCCAACUACGUGGUGAGCUGCGUGUACCCGGUGGUGAUCUUCUGGCUGCCGCUGGCCUUCAUCCUGCUCAGCUACGCGGCCAUCGGCUGCACCCUGGCCAAGGUGGCCCCCGUCCGGGAGCGCCUCAAGGCCUUCCGCACCUGCGUCGCCCACCUCUCGCUGGUGGCCAUCUACUUCAUCCCGCUGCUCAUCACCUUCACGCUGAUGGAGAACAUCCACCCGGACGGCCGCAUCGUCAACCUGUCGCUCACCUCCGUCUUCCCGCCCGUGCUCAACCCCGUCAUAUACACGCUGCAGACGCAAGAGAUUAAAGAGUCGCUGAGCAGGCUCAUCAGGAGCACGCGACACGGCAAACACGUCAGACCCUCAAAAGUGUGGACGGUGCUCCAAUAGGACGUGCAGUCACAACUCCACUUACGAGCGACCCGACUCACGAGUUUUCCGAGAUGCGGAGCGUCGCUCGGCCGAUUCUUUGCGAUAC